CGAGAUCUUGCUGCGCUCGUUCUCGCUCACCCUCACCCCGAGACUCGUGCCUUGCUUGCCUGACUCUUCAGCUGACAACAGUUUGUCCCGUUCACCUACCCAUAUUCGCCCUGUCUCAGGCUGUCGAAUUGACGACAACAACGGUCGCCUCUCAAAACAACGAUAACAGCGCAGUGACUCAUUACGUUCCGUGCCUGGAGGCCGCAACGCUGGUCACGCUCAAGAUGGCCACACAAGCAGAAGCGGGCGCAAAUCGGAACGCGACUGGCUUGACGGACUCUACACACAGCAGUUCGUCUAGCAGCGCGGAGAGAUACCAGUUAGAUGAGUUCGACGAAGGGCCCAUCCUGCUGUAUCGAUACAGGGGAGGCCUGCAGACCUCGUCGCAGAAGGACCUGUGUCAGUGGCUCGACAAGGACGAGAAGCUCCGCGUCACCAAGAAGCAGAUCCCACGAUUGCAGUCAUUCGUCGACGUCAAGCGCCAUGACCUGUAUCUGCCCGAAGAGAAAGAGAUGUACAGCGACCUGCCCAACUUCGACUCGUCGUUGGCCGCUAUCAAGAUUCCGUCGACCGCGUAUUGGAGUCGGCUGUUCUUGGGCAACUACGACCAUCUCUACAUUGUGUCGCCCGAGAGCACUCCGACGUCCAGUGUUGCCGACAGCGAAAGUCGAAGGACAAGUCCCACCUCGACCUGGGCACAGGACAGCACUGAGGAUGCAAAGAUAGGCGCGGAUCAUCAAUGAAAUGUUCGAUGAUCUCGCCGCCAUCGCAACGGCUGUGUUUGCGUCUUGCACUUCAGCGUGGUCGAAAUCAGGACUGCUAUCAAAGAAACUCGAAUCG